AUGCUCAGCGUUGACUUGCUCUCCGACCGCAUUGCGAGGGCAAGUCUGCAGAAGCGUCGCAACAGAGAGACUGAGAGACAGGAGCGGAUUUUUAAUGAUAAAGUGAGAACCAUUGGGGUUGACAAGGAGGCCCUAGACAUGCAGGUGAAGGAGAAGAAGAAACAAGAAGAGGCAGAAAAAGAGAAACAAAACGCCCGGGAUGCUGAUAUGCUCCAAAAUAGCAAAGUAGCUUGCAUUCUCCAUAGCAGAGAAGUGAAGAAGAAGCGCGCCAUGGAAAAGGACAUUGUAAGCUAUCGGCGUCAGUAUCAGCAGCCUUGGAGCCAGCGGGAGUAUGACCUGAACGACCCAGACCGCUGUAGAAAAACAGACUUAGAUGAUGCACAGAUGAUGCCCCCUGGCCUAGUGGGCGAGGACCCGGAGAGUAAGAACAGACUACAGAGGCAGCGGGAGCAGCUCAGAGAGUGGCUGAUCCAGCAGCAGAGUGAGCAGACAGCAGAAAGGCAUCAGCGAAAGCUGGAAGAGCAGUGCUAUGACCAAAGCAGAGUAGAGAUGGACAACAAAGCUCUGCAGCUGCAGAGCCUUGAGAUGGAAAAGAGAAAAGCAGAAGCCAUUGCCACUAAACGGUACAAUCUGGCCAAGACUGAGGAGAAGCGACGCCAGAAGCAGGAAUGUAAUGAUGAGGACAACAGAGCAGACAUCACUGACCAAGUGUUGACAGGUGUAGAUGUCAGACCCUCCCUGGGCAUGGUCGGAGUACCCGGUCUUUGUCCCAGCAGCGAUAGGAGAGCCCCUCCGGAGAGCCUGCAGCAGGUCAUCCAGUUCCAGAAAUAUCAAAUAGAGGAGAAAAAGAGGAUAGAGUUAGAGAAGAAGCGAGAAGAGGAGCUACACGAACUCGUUCGCUUGAACUCGGCUCGGACGGCUCUGCUACUAGAAAGGCAGCAGGCAAAACUGAACAAACAGCUGAGGCGACAGCUGGACAGCACCAACAUCAAACUGGCUGAAACACACAAACAGCGGAACCUGGACAUUGAAAGAGGGCACAUCGAUGACAGCUUCUUCUCCAAAUUCAACACCUGCAGCAGAUGACAGAUGACACACUGCACUGAUGUACAGCAGACAAGCACUGAC